CUUUGCCUACGUUUAUCCUGACAGAACUGUAGGAUACAAUAAACUUUGAUCAUGGAGACCUCAAGCUGUUACAGUGAUGAUGGAUUCUUCAAAAACACGUUAACUCAUUCAGAUAAAGUGAAGUUUACAACAACCGGAAUAACGGCAUUUGAAAUAAAUGAACCAAAAAGCAAGAAAAGGAGAUGCAAAUGCUGUAUUCAGGCUGUGCUUAUAACAUACCUGCUUAUGCUCACUGCAGGCCUAGGAGUGUUGACCUAUCAAGUCUUUUUCCUUCCACAGUCACAUAAGCUGAGCUCUGAUGUAGAUAACACCACAAACUUAACAAGGAUGGAAAAAAAUUGGAUCAGAAACUUAAAGGAAGAAAUCCACGUCAUCAAGCUGAGCAACCAAAAUUUACAAUGGAAAGUGGCCAACAUAACACAACAACUUGAAAGCAAUGAGAUCCAAGGAUUUUCAGGACCUCCAGGUCCCCAAGGAGAGAGAGGAAUUCCAGGAACAAAGGGAGACCAGGGCAAUAAAGGUGAUAAAGGUGAUAAGGGAGACGCCGGAUUAAGAGGAAGUAAAGGAGAGCCUGGGCCGAAGGGUAUCGGAUUUCCUGGACCAAAAGGAGAAAUCGGAGUUCCAGGAGUGAGAGGAUCUCCAGGUGCCCAAGGAGAGAAGGGUGAAACAGGAACUAUGGGACCAAUGGGAUCAAAAGGAGAAAAGGGACUGCCAGGCUUAAUUGGGCCUGCUGGUGAAAAGGGCUCAAAAGGGAAUCUUGGGCCAGAAGGGCCAAAAGGUGAACCAGGAAUACAAGGACAAACGGGAGUUAAUGGAAUUCAAGGUCUUCCAGGACCCCAAGGAAUCCAUGGUGAAAAGGGAGAGAUGGGCCCAAGAGGACCAGGUGGUAAUGCAGGAGAGAAAGGUGACCAGGGAGACCGAGGCUUCCAAGGCCCAGUGGGUCCUCAAGGUUCGUCUGGACCACCAGGAGAUACAGGUGCUGCUGGGGACCCGGGCCCAUCAGGAAGUCCUGGUCCAAAGGGUGAAAAGGGGGAGAAAGGAGCACCAAGUUAUCUUCAAGGUCCAGAAGGACAGAAAGGCGACCAAGGGGAAAAGGGUAGCAAAGGAGAUGCAGGCUUACGUGGAAGUAAAGGGACAAAAGGAGAUGUGGGAAGGCCAGGAUCUCCAGGGACACAAGGGUCAAAAGGCGAAAAGGGUGUUCAAGUUGGAUACAGUCCCAUCUUAAGACUUCAUGGAGGAUUUAACCGUGGCCGAGUUGAGAUUCUACAUGACAGACAAUGGGGUACCAUAUGUGAUGAUAAGUGGGACGCAAAUGAUGGAUUGGUCAUAUGUCGAAUGCUGGGAUUUACACGUGUACUUAAUACCUACACUGCAGCUGACGGUUCUGGAACAAUCUGGUUGGAUGACUUGGAGUGUUCCGGAAGUGAACAGUCCAUUGAUUCAUGCACUAAACCUGGCUGGGGCGUCCACAACUGUGCUCAUAGUGAAGAUGCUGGGGUAGAAUGUGGCUGAAGACACUUCUGCACUGAAAUCUGUACAACAAAACCUAAAUAUAUAAAGAAAGACUUAUGGCACUGCCAUUCAGUGUGUAUCUAUGAGCUGUUUUAGAUAAUGGAUUAUUUUGAAAUCCUACAGGAC